CUUUCGUACGCCCUGACCGGAAGCUUAAUUUACUUCCGAAGGCAGCGAUUGAGCCCCGCACGGGCCGGGCCAGCGGACAACAUCGUUCGACUGUCCGAGGUUCAAGGAUUCAUCAAUCGACUCUAGCGAAUCUCGACAUCCUUAGAGCUAGACAUCAGCCUGACUAUACACAGCGCUAGCAUCUUACUACCAUCCCAGAACCAAGAUGGCUACCUCUGCUCCGACUCAAGAAUCAUUCCUCGUCGUAGGCGGCUGCGGCUUCCUGGGUCGACGGAUCGUAGAACAGCUCGUCGAGAGGGGUGAGAAAGCGGUCGCCGUGUUCGACCUUGUUCAGCGACAUUUCGACGAGAAUGUGUCGUUCUACACUGGUGAUAUCACUUUCCCCGAUGACCUUUCUGAAGCCAUCACCAAGUCCCGUGCCGACGUGAUCAUCCACACGGCGUCGCCCGUCCACGGCAUGGGUGCCGAAAUCUAUCGCAAGGUCAACGUUGUUGGUACCCAGACCAUCAUCGACGCCUGCCUCGCCCACAACGUUCGAAAACUCGUCUACACCUCGUCCGCUGGUGUUGUAUACAACGGAACUCAACACCUCGUCGAUGUGGACGAACGGAUGAGCGUGCCCGAAGUCCCGUUGGACGCCUACAACGAGACCAAGGCGCAAGCUGAAAAGCUCGUGCUCGCUGCCAACGGGGCCGAGUUGCAGACCUGCGCGUUGAGACCCGCAGGGAUCUUUGGGGAGGGAGAUCGUCAGCUCUUGACCGGACUGCAACAGGUCAUGAGGAACGGUCAGACCAAGUUCCAGAUCGGGACCAACGAGAACCUGUUCGACUGGACCUAUGUCGGCAACGUCGCCCAUGCGCACCUGCUCGCAUCGGAUCGACUUGGAAGGGUCGUCUCGCCGUACGAGUUCACGUUCCCCUUGCCCGAGAACAACAAGACGGUCGGCGACUAUCGUGUACCUACCUCGGAAGCUCGUCCCCUAGGUCCGAUCAGACAACCGACCGAAGAGGAGAAGCGAGCCGACGAAAAGUUUAGGCAGAAGAAACGACUCGACGACGAGGACGAUAACGAUCUCCAGCCGGUGCUCCGAACCAGGAUGGACCAAUUCGCCAAGGCGACGGACCCUGAGUAUACCUCGGAGCAGGACAAGCAGGCCGCCGUGGCCAUGCUCAAAUCGAGCGAAAAGACGGAAGGCGAAUCCGGUGCGGUGGGAAUCAUGACGACGCCCAUCGACCCCGAGCUUCGGGUCGCCGGUCAGGCUUACUUCAUCACCAACUCGGAACCCCUGUACUUUUGGGAUUUCAACCGAGCCGUCUGGUACCACGGCAUGAACCACAUUGCGCCUUACCAUAUCAAGAUGCCGCCUGUCAUCGGACUCGCGCUCGCCGCUCUCGCCGAAGGGUGGAGCUGGUUGAUGGGCAAGGAGGCUGGGUUCACCCGGUUUAGGGUCAACUUUGCCACGCAAAAGAGGUACUUCAACAUUGAACGUUCGAGGAGGUUGUUGGGUUACGAACCGAUCUGGGGGGUCGAGGAGGCGCUUGGCAAGACGUUGGAGUGGUUCAACGCGGAGGAAGCCAAGAAGGUCGCUGGGGAGACUCCCAAGAACAAGUAGACAUCGCGCAGACGACCCAACGUCGCCAUACAAAGCGAUCCGUCGCCGAAAGAGGACGAAGUUAUCCCUUCUUUAACAUCCCCCGCCUCUCGCGGUUUUCCUGGGCGCACAUGUCAUCAAUCAUACGGUCUCGACACACCACCCAUAUAUGUUGUACUAUCUCUUUUCGGUCCGAUCUUGUCAUGAUAUUAUGUCGGCUUAUGAAUGACCUUGUUGGCAUGUUCUGCCUCGGAGUCGCUCUCUGAAUCGUGCAG